AUGUCGCAGGAUACGUUGACGCUGGGCAAACUGGACUCGUCGCAUUUCUUGGCAAACCCGCGCAACUUUGAUCGCAAGCUGUUUGACGGCGUUCCCUCUCCCCCUGCCCAACAACAACAACAACAACAACAACAACAACAACAACACAAUGAAGAAGGCGAUGUGGGGAAAAUGGGAGCAGCAGAGACGGGAGAAGAGAGCAGCUCAUCAACAGUGGCAAAGACGAUCGCAGAGCGGUAUGUGCUGUUCAGCCCCACAAAGACCGAGCAAGAGAUUCGCCAAGCACUCGCGCCCGUCUUCAAGGAUCAACCUGUCCCACAGUUGGAGCAAUUCACGGUGACGGUCGGCUACGACUACUGGUCGGCGGAGCACGUGCUCAAGGCGGCGCUGCCGGAGAGCUUUGACGAGGUGACCACGUCCUUCGAAACGGUCGGGCACCUGGCACACAUGAACCUGCGGGAGCACCAGCUGCCUUACAAGCACUUCAUUGGGCAGGUCAUCCUGGACAAGAACACGCGGCUGCGCACGGUGGUGAACAAGCUCAACGCCAUCGACACCACGUUCCGCUUCUUCAAGAUGGAGCUGCUUGCCGGGGACGACGACUACGCCUGCCGUGUCAAGGAGAACGGCUGCUGGUUUGAGUUUGACUUUUCGCGCGUGUACUGGAACUCGCGGCUGCAAAAGGAACACGAGCGCAUCGUGUCCAAGAUGAAGAAGGGCGACGUGCUGUGCGACAUGAUGGCUGGCGUGGGGCCGUUUGCUCUCCCCGCGGGGAAACGCGGCUGCAUGGCAUAUGCAAACGACCUCAACCCCAUGUCAUAUGAGGCGCUGGUGCACAACAUUGCCAUCAACAAGCUCGCCCGCCGCGUCUUCCCCUUCAACAUGGACGCGCGCGACUUUGUCAGGUGUGUGCGAUGUAUGCGCGCGUGCUUGCGUCAAUGGCGGCCCUUCACGCAUGUGACGAUGAACCUGCCUGCCUCCUCCAUUGAGUUUACGGACGUGUUCCGUGGCGCGUACACCGCAGACACGCACCGCCGCCUCCCACUCCCGACCAUCCACUGCCACUGCUUCUCAACCGCAGAGGACCGGCGAGCGGAUGUGAUUUCCCGCAUUGAGGAGCGAAUCGGACACCCGCUGCAGGAGCCGAUUUUGUUCCGGGACGUGCGUGAUGUGGGACCCAACAAACGGAUGGUGUGCAUCUCAUUCCCGCUCCCGCCAGACGCCGCAUACGACACAGCACCACCCAACGCUGAUGCUGCUGAUCAUGAUGAUGGUGAUGAUCGUGAUGGUGAUGGUGGUGAUGGUGAUGAUCGUGAUGGUGAGCCGGCAGCCAAGGCGCCCAAGACAGAGACAAGCAGCAGCAGCGCGUGA